AUGCCCCGGGAGCAUCCGACCCUGCUGGGACACACGGCGGGGGACGCAGGCUCGCCGGUGGUCCUCAAGCUGAUGCUGAAGGAGCAGACGGAGCGGCGGGCUUUCCUGCGGGAGUAUUGCAUCGCCCUGUGCCUCUCCAGCCACGCCGCCUGCCUGCGCGCCCUGCCCAUCGCCUUCGAGAGCGCCACACACUUCGCCUUCGGGCAGGAGCUCGCUCCCGCCGGGGACCUGUGUGCCCUCCUCAACCCGGGGGAGGGCCUGGCGGAGGAGCUGGUGAAGCGCUGCGCAUCCCAGCUGGCUGAGGCGCUGGACUUCAUGCACAGCCGUGCCCUGGUGCACCGGGACGUCAAGCUGGACAACGUCCUGCUCUUCGACCGCGAGUGCCGGCGGGUGAAGCUGGGCGACUUCGGGCUCACCCGUGUGCAGGGCUCGGCAGUGGGUGCCAUGUCUGGCACCCUACCCUACUCCCCGCCGGAGCUCUGCCUGCUCCAGGUCUCUGACACGCUGGAGCUGGACUCCAGCUUGGACGUCUGGGCCUUCGCCGUCCUGCUUUUCUGCCUCUGCACCGGCUGCUUCCCCUGGGCCGUGGCCACCAGCUCCGACCCCCAGUUCGAGGACUUCAGCGCCUGGCAGGGUGGCGCGGCGGGGCGGGGGAUGCCUGCGUCCUGGCGAGGCUUCGGCUCUGGGGCACUGGAGAUGCUCCGGCGCUUGCUGACGCUGGACCCUGACCGCCGGAGCCCGGCCAUCGAGGUGCAGAAAUACCUGUCCCUGCCCUGGGUGAUGGCUCCCAGCACUGGGGAGCUGGCACCUAGCAGCUCCCGGUCCCCCCUUACCAGCGGCAUGGGGGAGAGCCCGGGGGGCACCAGGGGAUGGGGUGCUGCUAGUGGGGGAGGCGGGGUUACCAUGCCACCCGCUAACGCGCUGGCCUCAUGCCGGUAG